AUGAAGCCCGUCGUCAGUUCGAUGCAAGCCUGGUCUUGCGUCGUCAUCUCCGCCUUCGCCAUCGUCAUCCUCUCCUUCCUCGCCACCUUCUUCGCGCGAUCUCACGAGGAGCUCGUCGGCAGCACCAAGGACCCUGAGGACGGGCCCGCCGUCGCCAGCACCAUCUGGACGGCCGUCAUCAUCUACGCUGUCUUCCUGGUAUUCUGCGGCCUGCAGGGGUAUCUCCACGUGCGCGAAAGCCGGCGUGGCGCGAUCGCCCUCCGAUGA